CAAAUCGCAAAAUGCACAGAUGGCGUAGUUGUAGUUCCGGUUUCAAAAAUUGAAGAAUUCCAAGAUUUUUAUCUGCAAAAAGCAGUUUUUCGCCCAAUUUAGGUCAUGGCAAACGAUGCCAAUAACGUGUUGUUGAAGCAAGGAGCUGAGGGAAGGAUAUUUAAGUCAGAAUUAUACGGUUUACCUUGCAUUAUCAAGGAAAGAUUCCCAAAAACCUACAGACAUCCUGCUCUGGACAAAUCACUGACUGCACAGAGAACAAAAUCUGAAGUUAGAUGCAUCAUGAGAUGCCGAGCGAAUGGCAUCAGAACUCCAGUUGUCUAUUUUGUGGAUUUGGAGACGAACAAGAUCUACAUGGAAUUCAUCGAGGAAUCGAUUACAGUUAGGGACCAAAUCGUUAGCAUUCAGAAACUGCAUCCAGAGACUUAUGUUGAGAAACUCAAAACACUGGCAGAAAAGAUUGGAGCUAUUGUUGGGAAAAUGCAUGAGAAAAACAUUAUUCACGGGGACAUGACUACGUCGAACAUGCUACUAAAAACUGCUGUUAAUCUCCAGAACUUAGAACUGAUCAUGAUAGACUUUGGACUGAGUUAUAUUGAGAAUGUUGCAGAGGACAAAGGUGUGGAUUUGUACGUCUUAGAAAGGGCUUUUCUUAGUACUCAUCCUAACACUGAGAAACUUUUCAACCAUGUGCUUAAAAGUUAUGUAAAACACAGUAAAGGAGGUGCUGUGGAGGUCAUGAAAAAAUUGGACGAAGUGCGUUUACGGGGACGAAAGAGAACCAUGGUUGGGUAAAACUUCGUGCUUCAAAUAAGUUGAAUAAAAAUUUUCUAUUGGAGGGGCCAGCAGGUCUCUUACUCAACCCUAUGUGACCAAACAAAAUGGCAUUUUGGCUUCAGUUUGGAGCCUCAGAAACCUAGAGAUUUGGAGAGUAAAUUGCAAAUUGCAUAAUGAAGAUAGGGCUUUUCACUGCUCCCUCCCCCCCCCCCCCCCCAAGACAUAGUCUAUGUACAAUACAUGUAUGUUUAUCAGCUUCUGUGUAUUUUGAGAAGAACCAUUCCCCUGGAAACAUUCAUCUCAAAGAACAAAUCUCUACCUGAUAUGAUGCCUGAUAUGAUACGAUACUAAAGAUCAUCCACACCCAGCCAAUAUUGUCCUCGGUCUGGGAAGCAAGUUGUGACUCGCCACUGGCGACAGUGAAAAAUCGGCCUUUCUGGAAAGAAACCGGCGUCACGACAACAACGGUAACCAGCUCGUGACGUCAUGUAAACACAUUGGUGGCGAUUUCCUUCUGAAAUUUGCUCGGAGAUUAUGUUAUAAAAACAGUGUUAACUUUGUCAUAUUGACGUAAACUGAAAAAAGAGUCAUGUAGUGGAAUAAAAUAAAGCACACCCUUUCAUUUGAA